UGGACAAUUGUGAUCAGAAAAGCUCCUGUGACAUAAUUCAAGAAAAUCUUCUAUCAAUGAGUAACAAUUCAACAUGCAUUCAACCAUCCAUGAUCUCUUCCAUGGCUUUACCAGUGCUUUAUAUCUUCCUUUGUAUCAUUGGUCUCUUUGGAAAUUCUCUCUCUCAGUGGGUAUUUUUAGCAAAAAUAGGUAAGAAAACAUCAACUCACAUCUACCUAACACAUCUUGUGACUGCGAACUUACUUGUAUGCAGUGCUAUGCCUUUCAUGGUUAUCUAUUUUGUCAAAGGUUUUCAAUGGGAAUAUCGAUCACCACAAUGCAGGGUGGUCAGUUUUUUGGGAGCUCUAUCCAUACAUGUAAGUAUGUUUGUCAGCCUCUUAAUUUUAAGUUGGAUUGCCAUAAGCCGCUAUGCCACCUUAAUGAAAAAGGAUUCCAGACAAGAGACUACAUCAUGCUACGAGAAAAUAUUUUAUGGCCAUUUACUGAAAAAAUUCCGCCAGCCCAACUUUGCUAAAAGACUGUGUGUUUACAUAUGGGGAGUUGUACUAGGCUUAAUUGUUCCAGUUAUCAUAUACUACUCAGCUGCAGAGGCUACAGAAGGAGAAGAGAUUAUGUGCUAUAAUCGGAAGAUGGAACUUGGAGCCAUGAUCUCUCAGAUUGCAGGCCUCAUUGGAACCACAUUUACUGGAUUUUCAUUUUUAGUCGUAUUAACAUCAUAUUACUCUUUUGUCAGUCAUCUGAGAAAAAUAAGAACCUGUACAUCCAUUACGGAGAAAGAUUUGACUUACAGUUUGGUGAGAAAGCAUCUUUUGGUCAUCCAGAUUCUACUAAUAAUUUGUUUCCUCCCAUAUAGCAUUUUUAAACCCAUUUUUUAUGUUCUACACCAAAGAGACAACUGUAAGCAGCUGAAUUAUUUAAUUGAGAUAAAAAACAUCCUCACCUGCCUUGCAUCAGCCAGAAGUAGCACAGACCCCAUUGUAUUUCUUCUUUUAGAUAAAACAUUCAAGAAGACAAUAUAUAAUCUUUUUAAAAAAUCUGAUUCAGCACAUACACAAUCCGAUGGUUGA